UUUUCUGCUUCGUUUCGUCGACAGAGUCAGUUUGUUCUCUUCGUUCGCUGACGGUGAAAACUGGAAAACGGUGGUGGAAAAAGUAUUUUCCAUUAUUUUUUCUUCGCUCUGAACGUACAUAAUCUUUUGGAAACAAUUUGUUGCGGAAUACUUUAAUCGAGCGAAAUCUUGCUUCCUUCAAAGUUUGUAGUGCUAAGCGAUAGUGAAGUGUGACAGUGAGUUUGUGCAAACAAAAGGGGCAGCAAACAUUCCCUGAGCGGUCAGAGAGUCAGUGGUCGCGACCCGAACGAAACUCGAUCCGUGCCAGGAAGAGUGUGGCAAAUUAGCGCUAUUGCCGAGACAAGUUACUUCCCUUCGAAGCACCCUGCACGGAGCUACCCGAAUUGCGGAGUUAAUUUACGAAAGCAGUUUUCCGUGGUCACAGUUUGUGACCGAAAAAGUUUUUUGGUGAACUUCCGAUUUUCCUCUAAUAGGCUCUAUCACGCAAACAUGGCGGAUCAAACAAAUCAGAAUUCCACACAGGAACCAAUGCGAACGAGAUUCCUGCCGCUGGACAUGAACAAUGCCAACUGUGACCGGAAGCGACCAUCAAAGAAGCUGAGCUUUCAGCCGAGCCCAGUGGUCACGGCACGAACCCCGCCCCUGUCGGACCGUACGAGGGACCGCAUAAAGAUGCAAGCAACGGGGAAGCUACAGAUAGCACCUAAUGCCAUUUACGAUUUCACUGCCGAUGACCUGACCGAUGAGGGCGAAAUCGGUCGGGGUGCGUUUGGAGCGGUCAAUCAGAUGAAGUUCAAUCGAACGGACACCGUGAUGGCAGUGAAGCGGAUCCGUUCGACCGUCGACGAGAAGGAGCAAAAGCAACUGCUGAUGGAUCUGGAGGUGGUGAUGAAAUCGAACGACUGCAACACGAUCGUCACGUUUUACGGUGCCCUGUUCAAGGAGGGCGACUGUUGGAUUUGCAUGGAGCUGAUGGACACCUCGUUGGACAAGUUCUAUAAAUUUAUCUGUGAUUGCCAACACUCGCGGAUCCCGGAACCGAUCCUGGGCCAGAUUACGCUGGCCACGGUGCGGGCGCUAAACUACCUGAAGGAGGAACUGAAGAUCAUCCACAGAGAUGUGAAACCGAGCAAUAUCCUACUGAAGCGGAACGGUGAUAUCAAACUGUGCGAUUUCGGCAUUUCGGGCCAGCUGGUGGAUUCGAUUGCGCGGACUAAGGAUGCUGGCUGUCGGCCGUAUAUGGCGCCCGAACGAAUUGAUCCGCAGCGCGCUAAGGGAUAUGACGUGCGGAGUGACGUUUGGUCACUUGGUAUCACACUGAUGGAGGUGGCCACCGGGAAGUUCCCCUAUCCGAAGUGGGGAUCCGUAUUUGAACAGCUGUCGCAGGUCGUCGAAGGAGAUCCUCCAAGGUUGUCUCAAUCAUAUAAUAACAUGGAGUUUUCGCUAGAUUUUGUAAAUUUUGUCAACACUUGCCUAAUAAAGGACGAAAAGGACCGGCCCAAGUACGGCAAACUGCUGCAGCAUCCGUUCAUCCAGCGUGCCGACAAGAGCCACACCGACGUGUCCGUGUACGUGAGCGCGAUACUGGAGUCGAUGGCCAACAACGGCAUCACCCAGUUCACUACGAACCUGCCGGCCGAGCGUUGGAGCGACAGUUUCAACUAGGAGGGCUUGAGCACCACCCGGAGAUGGGUGGGGGCUGGUUAUUUCUACUGAUAGUACUAAGCUGCAAGCGUGGGUCGUGGGCCGGACAUCUGGUAAACCACGACACCGUACGUGUUGGUAGGCAUUGGGUGAGUGUAAGAUGCGCGUGUUCGAGGAAAUGAGAUGGUACGCCAGUGCGAGAGUGUUAUACGAUUUGAUUUGUGAUCUUUUGUGCGCUUUCCGGAUGUGAAUGUGGGUGGAAUUUAUAUUUUCACGGGAUGUACAUUGUGCUCUUAGUUUUGUAUCGGCUUUACAAACGGAACCGGUUGUUGCGAGUGAUAGAGGCGUGACGAAGACAAUAAAUUGUCUCCCAAUGUUCUUCUGUUUUUUUUUCUUGGUCGUUGUAUAGUUCGGUUUUGGUUGAAAUUUGCCGGAAAUGCUUACACACCUUGUAGGAUGUUGCUAGGAUGAGGUGUGAAUGUUAUACAUUAAGUGUGAUUGUGUUAUCCUAAUCGUGAUUGAUCCGUAGAGAUUUAAUAAUUUUUAAAGGAAGUAAUAUAUAUUAUAAAUAAAUAAUUAUUGAGACGAAGGGAAAGAGAUUUGAAGAGAAACGCAAACCCAAAACGAUGAGAAGAUAGAUCAUGCACACGCGUUAGACGUGACGAGAAGAGCAAAGUAAAUAACUAGUUGUUGUUAGUUGUUGAAUAAAUCAAUUGAUUUUGAAUAAGAAAUAGUCGCUUUUUAGAAACGAAACGUUUGUGAGUAUAAAAGAAACCUUAACCUGCUGUAAAAGUUUAUAAAGUCAGAGACCAGAAAUCUUUCUAAGUAGCAUUAAGUAAGUUUUUAAAUUAUCAAAUUGAUUUAAUUUUUUUAAUCCGCGUCUCAUAGAAUCCACUACCGUUUUCGAAGAACGAACGUUCAGAUUCAAAGCUCUAAACUACUGCUAGUUUUGUUCCUGCUUGAAAUGCACUCCUGGCUCGCUUAUUAAAUAGUAAAAGUUGCUCACUCUAUAGUAGGUCACAAACACACACACAACUCGCUAACAACUUAAACUCUCUUGCCUUAUCAUGGAAACACUCUACUCCAGCAGCUUAACAAACUUUUUGUACAAAACAAAUUUGAGUAGCUGUCCACUUGCUACCACUUUCAGUUCAAAUUAGACUUAUGAUAAUCUGACUGAUUUACGGUUGCGUUGCGAUUCCGCUUUCCUUUCGACGAAAAAAUGUUCCCGCACUCUGAAUGCACUACAUUUCUAAGAAAAAGCAAAACCCUCCGUAGGUAAAAUUGUGAAAUUUAACGCUUGUGGCUACAGGGAAUGUGCUCCCUUUUUCAAUGAGCUUAUCACCAAACUAAAACACGCAAGGCACACGCCCAAGAACACUAGAAACACACUAUUAGGAUCGGAAUGGAAGAACAUAGUAAUCUAAAUGAGAGAAGAGUUUUAAACUUGACAACAAAAGGAAUUGCCAGAGAUUAAAAUAGAUAUAUAAAACCGAGAUUGACAGAAGUAGGAAACCUACUGAAUACAACACGCAUAAACGCAAAGUUAGUCAGAAUAGGAAUAGGAACAGAUAAAACUAAAACCACAACAAUUUGUAGUAAAAAAAAACAAUUUUCCGUUGAUAGGACAUACAAAAUUAACUUGAAGCAAAGAAAAACUCACAUACACACGCAACCUAGGUCAAAAUAAUAGUUCUUUCGGACGCGUGCACGUUUUUUUAGCUCUGAGAGAUGUCGUGGUGCCGUACCGGAAAAAGUCAGUGCCCUGCUGAAGCGCGAGGUACCUCCUAUAUACGGAAACUUCACGCCAUCCCUUCAACAGGAGAGAGGAGAGAUAGAUGAGAGAUAAGCCAUGUGAGAAAAAUGGAUACACGAGUAAGAAUAAACCACAAUGCAAUAUUAGAGAAUUUCCGAAAAAAA